AUGUCUUGCUCUCUCUCCCGAAACCGCUCACACCGACCACUUCAUCCUACACAGGCAACUCGUGAACAUCUCGACACCGAGAUUUCCCAAUAUCAUCAUACUUCUCUGCCACCCCUUCACCAUUUCACUUCUUCAUCGCAUCGUACUUCUAACGCUAUUCCUCCUCUUCUUUCACCUCAUUCUUUACACUUACUCAAAGCGCAUCACUUCUUCCCCUCCUCAAGCAACCACUCUAGUGCGUACACAACCAAUACACUCCAUUCACCUCCUUCAACUCCAGCUAAAGCUCUCGCAUCAACCUCCUCGCCUCCUUCUUUAAGCUCCACUUCAACAGGUUCACUCUCUUCUCUGCCUCACGUACCCUCCCUCUCCCACCUAGAUCUCAUCCCCUCCAUCGAUACCACCCUCACUACCUCCCUCGAGGCCUCCAUCUCGCUUUCUUCCACUUCCUCUUCCACUUCUCGCCACAUUCGCCCUGCUUCUCCACAUCCUCCUCGUACCCCUCCUCCCCCUUCCCGUACUCUUCAUCCUCCUCCUCCUAAAUCUUUCCCUUCCCAUCCACCUCCUACUUUCUCUUCUUCCUCUCCACCCACUUCUAUCUCCCUCCCUAUACCAACAUCCGCACGCACCUCCUACUCAGUCCCCCAAUCCUCCAUCAUCUCCGCCCUCUACUCCUCCUCCGCCUCCCUCUCCUCCCCUUCCUCCCUCACCUCUCACUCCUCUCUCUCCAUCUCCGAGGAAACACACCUUGUCAUGUCCAUAAUCACCACUAAGAGGCUCAUCACUGGCACCAAGCGCCACACACACUGCGCAAUUUGCUACAAGAAAUUCUCCCGACCAACGUUGCUUGCUCGCCAUCACAAAGUCCAUUCUAAGCAACGCCAACUUGGAUGCCCAAACAAAUCCAAGAGCUGCAUCCCAGCCGACAGCACCGGCACAACCAAUGAGAAGCCUUCGAUGUGUGAAUUGCGUAGUGACAAUGCCAUUGCCUCAUCCAGUCUCAUUCACUACACGAAACACAGGCAUGCUCCAACACCUCAUUCUCCACCGCAUUCUCCGCCAAAAAAUUCACAUACGCCUCAUUCUCCGCCCCUUCCUCAAUCACCACACAAUCACCCUCGCCCUCAUCACACUACUUAUCCUCCUCCUCCUCCUACUACUACUACUCCUCAUCCCCAUCCCCAUCCCCAUCCUCCUCCUCCUACUGCUCCUCCUUCUGCUUCUGCUACCACCACCAUUGACAUUUGCAGCGCGCCCACUUUAGGGUCUCAUUUCCAAUUACCCCGUGCUGCUGUGACACCUCAAAUCGUCCCACCUAGUGCCACAGUCACUUUAAAUUACCUGGCUUCCGUGACUCCACCUCACUCCGCUUCCACUUCAGACAAGUUCUCCAUUUGCCCAUCCCUCGGCAUACCACACCACACCUCACACCAUUUCUCAUCCUCCUUACACUUCGCACCCAACCAUCAUGCACCUCCUUCUAUUCCUUCUCCUCCCAAUCCCGCUCCCACACCUCUUCCACCAGCACCUCCCCUUUCAUCUCCACCUACACCUCGUCUUCCUCAUGCUCAUGCUCAUGUCCAU